GGCUACACCUCGUUCUGGAAUGACUGCAUCUCCGCCGGGCUGCGGGGCUGCAUUUUAGUGGAGCUGGCGCUCAGGCGGAGGGUCCAGCUGGAACCGGCCACCAUGCGUAAGAAGAGCCUCCUCAAUCGCAAGGUGCUGUUCAAGUCGGACGCUCCCACGGGUGACGUGCUGCUGGACGAAGCGUUGAAACACAUCAAGGGCACCGAGCCACCGGAGACCGUGCAGAGCUGGAUAGAGCUGCUCACAGGAGAGACCUGGAACCCGCUGAAGCUGCACUACCAGCUGAGGAACGUGCGGGAGCGUCUGGCCAAGGGCCUGGUGGAGAAGGGGGUGCUGACCACCGAGAAGCAGAACUUCCUGCUGUUCGACAUGACCACCCACCCGGUGGUCACCGACGACACGGUCAAGCGGCGGCUGCUGAGGCGGGCCCAGGGGGCCUUCCUGGACCAGUGGACCGGGGGCCCCCAGCGCAUGGAGCCCCGGCUGCUGGCCCUGCUGGUGCUGGCCCACGGCUCGGACGUGCUGGAGAACGCCCUGGUCCCUCUGGCCGACGACCAGUACGAGCUGGCGGCCAGCCGCUCCCGCCAGCUGCUGGAGGCCAACCCCGACCUGGAGGGGUCCAGGCCCGACGCCCCGGAGAUGGUCUGGGCCGUGAUGGCGGCCUUCACCAAGUGAAGA